AUGGCCGGGAUACGGCCAGUGCCUGGCGGCGGCCGCUCGCCGCAGGGCGGCGGCGGCGGCGGCGGCGGCGGCGAAGCCCCCCGCGCUGCAGGCGGCGCUUCCCAGUACGGCGGCCCCAGCGGGCACCGGCUGAUGGUCCCGCCGCCGGGGUACAAGUUCAUCCCCCGGACGGAGAAGAUCUGCGGGCAGUAUGGCUGUUUCGAGUGUUACGACAUCUUCUGCGAGAGGUGCGAGACCAAGGACCGCAGGAUCAUAGAGUUGGAGAUGCGCGCCGCAGACAUGGCCAGGCACGUACAGACGCUGUACAGCAAGCUCCAGCGCACCCCGCAGGGCGGCGCAACCGGAGGCCCAGGCAGCCCCGGCGCGGCCUCGCCGUCCUCCGGGACCGCCCUCGCAGGACAGCCCUUCGCGACGACGCGGUCUCCUGUGCUGGAGGACCCCCACCGCGGUGCAUACAUCGCGCAGACAGACUACUACGCUGUCAACGCGAUUCCGGACAAGAGGUAG